AUGAAUGAUAUUAUUGAUGAUAUUCACAAAUCGUUGAGUCCUUCUUGUCCUAUGGUAAUUGUACAGUUUUCAAAUAAUGUUGCAUCCAACAUGUCAUCUCCAAAUGUUGGAAAUGCCAGUUCUGGGCCUUAUACUUCCGAAUCACCUCAACCAGUGGCUGUAGGUAACUCUGUCUCAAGUUCUCAGAGCACUUCCUCAGAAAGUGGACAUUCUGGAUAUGAUGAUGUUGAUUAUCGAAGGACAAAUGCUAGCAGCCACCCGACCACUGAAGCAACUCAGCAGUCAAGCUAUUCCCAAAGGGCAGAUGCAGUGGCAUCAUCUGUGCUAGCGGAUGCCAAUAGACGCCUAAACACACCAAGAUCAUCUACUCAUGCACCUGUACUGCCUCUACUAGGAAUGCUUAAUCAAGAAGGCAGUUUAGCAGUUAGAAAUAAUAUGAUCAAUCAUGGAAGCCAAAAUGCUGAUAGCUCAGAUGGUUUGAAUGAAGAAUCAAGGAGGAACCUACAGAAUGGCACCAACACUUACCAGGACAAUGUUUCUCACCACCCAAGUAUUAAUACACAGGUCUAUGCCAUCCCCCCAGGGUCCAAUGGCAUGACAGUCGCAGACACUUCUAAUUCUGCCCAGUCACAGUCGCAGCUGACGUAUCAGUUGUUGGGUAUUUUCCAUGAACGGCCUAAAUUCCCAAAUUAUGCUGUUCUUGCCAGACGUUUACAGUCAUUUGAUGGUUGGUCAGAGCAACAUCCAAUCAAAAAAGAGGACUUGGUCAAAUCUGGCUUGUUCUUUGCUGGAUAUGGAGAUUGCUGUAAAUGUUUCUUUUGUGGAGGAGGCCUGAGAAACUGGGAGAGUGGUGAUAAUGCCUAUGUUGAGCAUGCACGUUGGUUUGACAAGUGCAGCUUUAUCCGACAGUUUAUGGGUCUGGAGUUUGUGGAAGCUGUCCAGUGUCUCAAAAACCGAGGAGGAACAAUUACUUUCAAAGAUGUAACAGACUACAUGCAGAAAAAGGGACAGAGCAUACAAAAUUUGUUCAAUGACAAAAAAAUCAGUGAUGAUGUUGCUGUCAGGUCUCUUGUUGAUGCUGGCUAUAAUCUAGAGGAUGUAUCCAGAGCUGCUCUUAGCCUGAGAGAAAGUGGUGAGCAGCUGUCAGCUGAUGUGAUUUUAAGAAGAAUGAGGGACCAGCAGUCUGAGGUUAAUGGUGCUACACCUGAUGGGGCUGCGAUCAGUGAUAGAACUAAAGCUGAAGAUGUCCCUGAUGAAGGACGAUUGCAAGCACUAAAGGAACAGAACUAUGCUUUGAGGAGUAACCUAACAUGCAAGAUUUGCAUGGACAAAGAAGUCAAGAUAGUGUUUUUGCCAUGUGGGCAUUUGAUUUCCUGCCAGGAAUGUGCUGUCGCUCUUCAGGAUUGCCCUCUUUGUCGUAGCCAUAUCAGAGCUCGUGCCAGGGCCAAUAUUAAUUGA